AGUUCAAAAGUAGCAGGUAGUGAACAGUUCCGACUUCCUUACUAAACCUAGUAGGUAUAUGCGAACACUAUCGCGAGUACGAUACCUAGCUCAAAAAAGGAUUUUAUUUUCCUACUUUUAUCUUAUCAUUACAUGGCGUGACUACCCAUAGUACCCGCAGAUAAAUUCUGUAUUGAUUCUAAAGUAAACCAUGCUGAUAUCAGCAUUUUGUUGUAACGUGUUAAGGUGGUAAAAUGCUAGGUUAAUGCUUUUUUUCAGUCUUUACUCGUUGACUAACUUUCGUCAAAGUUUUAAUGCGCUUUUAAAUGUAGUGACUAGUGACUCUCUAACGGUAACCAUAACUCACCAUUAGUGAUACAACAUGACGGAAACAAGCGACAGAUUAUGGAAAAAGCCUCAAAAUGUCGAAGAAUUUGCCAAGUCAACGGCAACCGUACAAAACCCUAAACAAACCGAAGAUAAUACCGUUUCUGAUACUUGGACAGAAUUAAGCAGUCAUCCUUCGUGGAAUAAUUUAUUCCUUUUAUUAGAGAAUUACAUCAAUCGUUGCAAUAAAUUGGAAAAAAAAUCUCGUCGAAAAAGUUCCGCCGACCAUGAAACCACAGUGAAGAAGGUGAGCAUUCGGAAAAAGUAUAAAAAAUAUAAGAAACGUUACCAUAAAUUAAUUAAAAAUGAAACUUCGCGAACAUCUGAUAGCGGAUACGAACGUACUCCUAAGAGUGAAAAACCAACUGAAUUUAACGACAGUAAUUAAGAUACAUAAGUGAUAACCUAAUGUAAAUAGACUGAUCUCGAGAGAAAAAGCUGUGAAUUUAUGUUUCUUUUUUUUUUACUAUUAUUUUAAAUUUAUUAACUACAUAUAAGUGACUACCUACGUAUUUUAAGCUGGUAAAAAUGUAUAUUUCGACACUUUGUAAUAUUUUCAUUAGGUAGGUAAGAAUUGUGUAACAUGUGGACUGAAAUUAAAAUGUUUCUUAUCUGUU